AUGAAGGCCGCCACUGUCGUUUCUUGCCUCGCAGCCCUCGCUAACGGCGCUGCCGUCAACCUGGGUAGACGUGCGGAGCCCCUCGAUGUGAAAAUCGAGCAAGUCGGCAACAGCGAGCUGAAGGCUAGCAUCACCAACACAGGAAGCACGCCCCUUCGUGUUCUCAAGGCGGGCUCGAUCCUCGAUGGAUCGCCCGUUGAGAAGGCCCAGUUCUCGACGAGCUCGUAUCUAACACUAUCAAUAGUCAGCAAGGUUGCCUUCACUGGCGUGCGAGUCUACGUUCACGAUGCCGAUCUCCCCGACUCUGCCUUCCAGACCAUCGAGGCCGGCGAGGUCGUAAAGGUCCAGUGGGACGCCGCCCAGGUCCACGACCUCAGCAGUGGUGGCGACUUCAACAUUUCCAGCACUGGAUCCCUCCGCUACGCCGAGGAGGGCAGCAACAAGAUUGCCGGCCAGGUCGUCUUCGACUCGGGCGUCCUCCAGGCCACCGUCGACGGCACCCAGGCCGCUUCGGUCCACGCCGCCUUCCACGAGUCCCUGAACGCCAAGCGCGUCACCAUCCAGUCCGACUGCACCGGCACCAAGAAGACGGCCGUCACCGCCGCCCUCUCCAAGGCCAAGACCUACGCGACCAACGCCCAGACGGCCGCCAACGCGGGAACUCGCCUGCAGCAAUACUUCAAGUCGACCACGUCGAGCACAAAGUCCACCGUCGCCGGUGUCUUUGGCAAGGCCGCCACCCUCCUCGGCAGCACGUCGAGCGGCGCCGGCCUCUACUGCACCGACGUCGGCAACUUCUGCAGCGACGGUGUCGUCGCCUACGCCCAGCCCGGCAGCGGCGGCUACAUUGUCGUCUGCGACUACUUCUUUCAAUUUCCUGCCUCCACCACCUCGUGCCGCGCCACCGACCAGCCGUACGUUCUGGUUCACGAGUCCACCCACUUGACUGAGGUUGGCGGAACCGACGAUGUCUGCUACGGCUACGAGGGUUGCGUCGACUCCCUCAGCACCUCCCAGGCGUUGAACAACGCCGAUUCCUUUGCCAUGUACUCUCAGGGCAUCCAGACCAACUGCUAA